CGGUCUUUAGGAGGCUGUGGACAUGCAGGGAAACCCCAUUUCUUUAAGCAUGUGAUUCUUCAGAACUCGUAAGAGUUGGUCGGGAGGAGAGGAGCAGCAACUUGGAAAGCCAGAAGUCUGCCAAGCUAGUUCAUUUUCGAUGGACUCACAUGGCCAAACCAAACCCUUCCCUUUCCUUGCAAGAUGAAAGAAAGGAGCCAUGACCGAGCCACUGGACAGUCUAGUCAAUGAUUCAGAUUUCCUGGAUUACACAACUGCUUUGGGAAACUGCACCGACGAGCAAAUCUCAUUCAAGAUGCAGUACCUUCCCAUCAUCUAUAGCAUCAUCUUCCUCGUGGGCUUCCCGGGGAACACAGUGGCCAUCUCCAUCUACAUUUUCAAGAUGCGGCCGUGGAGGGGCAGUACGGUCAUCAUGUUGAACCUGGCCUUGACAGACUUGCUGUAUCUGACCAGCCUCCCUUUCCUCAUCCAUUACUAUGCAAGUGGUGAAAACUGGAUCUUUGGAGAUUUCAUGUGCAAGUUCAUCCGCUUCGGCUUCCACUUCAACCUGUACAGCAGCAUUCUCUUCCUCACCUGCUUUAGUCUCUUCCGUUAUGUUGUGAUCAUUCACCCAAUGAGCUGCUUUUCUAUUCAGAAAACUCGCUGGGCAGUGGUAGCUUGUGCUGGGGUGUGGGUCAUUUCUUUGGUAGCUGUCAUGCCCAUGACUUUCCUGAUCACAUCAACCACCCGGACCAAUAGGUCUGCUUGUCUUGACCUCACCAGUUCAGAUGACCUCACUACUAUUAAGUGGUACAAUCUCAUUUUGACAGCCACCACUUUCUGCCUGCCAUUGGUGAUAGUGACACUUUGCUACACAACAAUUAUCAGUACCCUGACCCAUGGACCUCGGACCCACAGCUACUUUAAGCAGAAAGCUCGGAGGCUGACUUUUCUGCUCCUCCUUGUGUUCUAUAUAUGUUUCUUACCCUUCCACAUCUUGAGGGUCAUUCGGAUCGAAUCUCGCCUGCUUUCAAUCAGCUGCUCCAUUGAGAGUCACAUCCAUGAAGCUUACAUUGUUUCUAGACCAUUAGCUGCCCUCAACACCUUUGGCAACCUGCUGUUAUAUGUCGUGGUCAGCAAUAACUUCCAGCAGGCGUUCUGCUCUGUAGUGAGAUGCAAAGCCAGUGGGGACCUUGAACAAGCAAAGAAAGACAGUUGCUCAAACAAUCCUUGAGUAAUGCCAUUUUG